GUUCCGUUUCGAUGACGGUUUAAACACUGCGACUUUUUCUCUUUUUAGCCAGUUAAUUACCUUGAAUAUUGCUUUAUGAUAAUUGAACUUGUAUGAUGAAGUGAACAGAUAAAAAAUGAAAUCUAUUGAAGCGAAAGUUGUAGUUCUAGGUUCUCAAGCGGUAGGUAAGACAAGUACUGUAAUUCGAUAUGUUGGGGGAAUGUUCAGCAAAGCUGUCAGCCCAACUAUUGGAGCUUCAUUUUUCACAUACAAACUAACUUUGAACAACUACAGGAUGAAACUACAAGUGUGGGAUACAGCAGGCCAGGAGAGGUUUAGAUCAAUGGCUCCCAUGUACUACAGGAAGGCCAAUGCAGCCAUGUUGAUUUAUGACAUCACAUCAGAAGACAGUUUCUAUGACAUCAAAGACUGGGUCAGUGAGCUGAAAAAGAAUGUUGACACACCAAUUGUGAUGUGUCUUGUGGGAAAUAAGAAUGACCUUGAAGAAAGUCGACAGGUCAAUACCAAAGAAGCUCAAGAAUAUGCAGAAUCUAUUGGAGCCCUGUUCCAUGAGACUUCAGCUCUCAAGAACAUAGGUAUUGAGGAGGCAUUCCUACAAGUGGCCCAGCAACUGGUGAAGUUAUACGAGACCUCUCCUAAUAGUGGACUAUAUUCUAUAGACCUGGAUCAGUCCUCACAAGUACAAAAUCCAAAUGAAUCCGCGGACAGCUUCCAUCUGCCUCCAAAUCAAAACUCCACACCAAACACAGCCAAUUCUAAGUGUGCCUGCUAGCUUGUCUCCAGAAUGGAGGCUUUGACUCAACUUUUAAUAAAGGAUCAGCAUAUCAUUUUGAAUAAAGUAUUAAAAUGUACAAACUGUCUUUAUGUGAAAAAUACCAGUACAUUUAUAAUUCAUGUACAUAGACUGUGAUAUGUACAAAAAUUGUACAUUCCAUUUUUUUUAAUUACAUAGCUCUUAAGAUGUUUUCAAGGGCAAUAUUCAUUUGUUAUUUACAUGCAAACUAUAUUUGAAUUUAUAUGUUUAUAACACUUCAUGCUCAAAAACUAAUGAAAUGAGGCAGUUUAAUGGGGAAAAAAGCACUUGACAUUAUUUACCUAAAUUGACAAGAAUUUUAACGUAUUUUUCAGUGUACUUUGUAAAUGAAUAUGAUGAAUUCUUGAGUAUCCUUGAUGAGCAGAAAAGUCAGUUAUGUUAGAAAUCAUUUUUUAUACAUUAUUUUUUUUUAUUUUCCUUUAAAAAAAAAUGCCUUUUUUCCUCCCAAGAAAUAGACCUUUCCUAUUUCAAGGUUAUCUAAGUUGUUUGUAUUUUGCAGUGAUUGGAAUCUAAUGAUUAUAAUUGUUUAAGGUUGUGUAAUCUUUUCUUUUUCUGUAAAGGUUUUAAUUGAUUUUCAUAUAAAUAAUUCCUUGUGUAGGUGAUCUACAUAUAUGUGUAUUUGUAUGUGGACAGUGUAUUUGCUUGAUAAACAUUAUAAUGCUUGUAUAAUACAAUGUUGCUAAAUACUUAUUAUUUAUUAAAGAUACAUGUAACAUGAA